AAUAAUACACUAUUACUAUCAUAUAAAAUUCACUAAGGCCUUGCCGGAUCUUUUACUACUGAAAAUGCAGUCAGCUUUCAUGCAGCAGAACAAAUACGUAUACUAUUAGUGAUAAACUGCUGUCAGAAGAAAUAAAAACGGGUACAUCACAUUUCCCUUUUCAUUAACAGCCAACGAAUAUUUUCACACAUCACAUAUUACACACCCUUGAGUAAUUUGAUUAAUAAACAACACAUCCACCGUAUUUCUUGUUGUUGACUCCGUACAAAUGAGUAAUAUGUUGUGUCUACAUAAAAGGAAAAUACAUAUGACUACAAUUUAUUUUAUUUAUUUAUUCAUAAAUAUUGGAUUGUGCUCUCCGUAUCAUGGAAGGUUCCAAUUUCAAAGAGAAAGAAUACCUGAACAUUGUGGUCGUAAUGCAUUUGAUGAAUUUUGGAGUCAACAAUUCACUAAUACAAUCAGGAAACGUAUUGUUGGUGGUAUAGCUACUGCAUACGGGGAAUGGCCAUGGCUGGCAUCUUUAAUGUUUUAUCAGACAGCUGAACAAGUGAAAAAUCAGAAGGAGGCAAGCAGCGCAUUUCCAGCUCUUUAUGAAUUGCUCGAGGAUGAUGAUGAAAAUCAUUUUGUUCCACCGUCAGUUGUUUAUAAUUAUCCUGAUGGAGCUAGACGAUUUCAUCUAUGCGGUGGUACAUUGAUACAUCCCCAGUGGGUAUUGACAGCAGCACAUUGUUUCAUUCCGAAUCACAUUUAUCCUCAUCUAUCAACGAAUCCAUCAAGUUGGAUUAUACGCAUUGGUGAACAUGAUAUGCUAAAUGAAACUGUUGAACAUUACGAUAUGGAAGUCGAAAAAAUCUACGUACAUCCUGAUUACGAUUCUGAAGCAACUGGUAGUGCUCAUGAUAUCGCUUUAAUUCAGCUAAAAGAUUCAGUAAUAUUAUCAAAGUAUGUGAAUAUCGCUUGUCUACCGUCGAGAAAUGAUAAUGCUGAUGAACCGGGCAAAGAGUGUAUCAGUGUUGGUUGGGGACAUGAAGUUCAUGGUGCACAAAAUAUCUCAACAAUAUUAAAGCAUGUUUCUGUACCAAUUGUACCAAAUGAUCAGUGUACAAUGAGUUAUGCAACAUUACGAAAUGGACCUAAUCCAGUUUAUGUAUCAAUUCAGAAUAAUGUAAUAUGUGCAGGAUUUGCAGAAGGUGGGAAAGAUGCCUGUCAGUUUGAUUCUGGUGGCCCAUUAAUGUGUAAAAAUAAUCACCAAUGGAUCGUUAGUGGAAUUAUCUCGUUUGGUUACGGAUGCGGGAAUGCUAAUUACCCUGGAGUAUAUACACGUGUUUCAGAUUAUCUCGAUUGGAUUCAGGGUAUUGCUAAUGCUUUCACAUUCUAAACUGAACUGAGCCUAACUUAAACUGAACUGAACUUAACUACACCAAUCUGCUAACAUUUUAAAUGUAACAGAAGAGAAGGAAGACAAAGACAAUGAUGGAAUCGCAAAGAGUGACACAUUUUUGCAUAUUAUAUGAACAUAAAAAUGAAAAUAAAACUUACAUAUACUCAGUA